AAAUACCUUGGCGCUGUUGAGAUCCUAUUUCGAAAGCGACACUUAAGUGUCGUAAUUGCAACCGGUACUUUGGCUUUAGGAAUCAACAUGCCAUGCCGUACUACAGUAUUCGUUGGCGACUCUACAUAUUUGACGGCUCUUCAAUAUCGUCAAAUGUCAGGAAGAAGUGGACGUCGAGGUUAUGAUCCAAUAGGUCAUGUAGUAUUCUUUGGAAUAACAUUAACAAAAAUUAAAAGACUUUUAAUGUCUGAAUUGCCAGAUAUAAGUGGACAUUUCCCAUUAACAACCAGUCUCGUGUUACGAAUGUUUAUAUUACUUACUAAAUCUGACAAUAAAAAUUAUUCCGAAGAAGCAGUUUCCGGAUUAUUUGGUGACUCAUUCUUUUGUCUUGGGAAAGAACAUUUAUCAGGACAAAUAAAACAUCAUCUAAGAUUUUCGAUUGAAUAUCUAAGAUGUGAAAAUAUUUUAGAUCAAAAAGGAAACCCAAUAAAUCUUUCUGGAAUGAUUUCACAUCUUUAUUAUACAGAACCAAGUAAUUUUGCAAUGGCAGCUUUAUUUAAACAUGGUGUAUUUCACGAAAUUU